GCCCGGAUCUCACAAGCAAAGCUGAGCCCCGCACGACCUUCCUCUCUGCCUCUGACGACUUCCCUUCCCUCUCAUAAAAUCUCCACCACAUCCGCAGGCGCCAACUCUCUCCUGGAUCUGCAACCACCAGCCUCCCGAUCCCUCUCGCCGCGCCCCGGCGAUCCGCUGCCACCACCGCCGAGAAACUUCGGCCGGCGACAGCUAAGAUGUAUUCCUGGGAGAUGCUCUCCUUCAACAUCCACGACGGCUUCCUGGAGGCCAUCGUGCGGGGGAACCGCUCGGGACUCCUCACCGCCGCCGAUUACAACAACCUCUGCCAGUGCGAGACCCUCGACGACAUCAAGAUGCACCUCUCCGCCACCGAGUACGGGCCAUACCUCCAGAACGAGCCUUCUCCAUUGCACACAACAACAAUUGUGGAGAAGUGCACUCUUAAGCUGGUUGAUGAAUACAAACACAUGCUGUGCCAGGCCAAUGAACCUCUGUCUACAUUCCUACAGUACAUAACGUAUGGGCACAUGAUUGAUAAUGUUGUCCUUAUUGUUACUGGGACAUUGCAUGAAAGAGAUGUUAACGAACUGUUGGAGAAAUGCCAUCCAUUGGGCAUGUUUGACAGCAUUGCAUCACUUGCAGUUGCUCAAAAUAUGCGUGAGCUUUACAGAUUGGUUCUAGUUGAUACUCCCUUAGCACCCUACUUCUCAGAGUGCAUUACGUCUGAGGAUUUGGAUGACAUGAAUAUUGAAAUCAUGAGGAACACACUCUACAAAGCUUAUCUUGAGGAUUUUUACAAAUUUUGCGCGAAACUAGGUGGUGCAACAGCUGAGAUUAUGUGUGAUCUCCUUUCAUUUGAAGCUGACAGAAGAGCUGUUAACAUUACAAUAAACAGUAUCGGGACUGAGUUAACUAGAGAUGACCGCCGGAAGCUAUACUCCAACUUCGGUUUAUUGUCUCCAUAUGGUCAUGAAGAGCUGGCUGUCUGUGAAGAUGUUGACCAGGUGCGUGGUGUAAUGGAAAAGUAUCCUCCAUACCAGUCUAUUUUUGCCAAGAUAUCAUAUGGCGAAAGCCAGAUGUUGGAUAAGGCCUUUUACGAGGAGGAAGUGCGGAGGCUGUGCCUGUCAUUCGAACAACAGUUCCACUAUGCUGUUUUCUUUUCAUACAUGAGGCUGCGAGAGCAGGAGAUAAGAAACUUGAUGUGGAUCUCAGAAUGCGUCGCCCAGAACCAGAAGAACAGGGUCCAUGACAGCGUCGUGUUCAUCUUUUAAUAUCCUUCUGCUACUAUGCAUAUGGUUGUACAGAAGGCCUGCUUUGAUAAUGGCACAAUCGAUCGUACUUGUUACAAACUCAGGGUUUGUUAUUCUUCUGUUCCUCUUUCUACGCGGCUGAAAAGCUAGACCUGGAGUAAUGUAUCAUUAUUUGUUUCCUUAGUAAAAUAAAGGCGCGAUUGUCCGGUAAACUAAAUAAAUCUCGUCUAUUUUCGCAGCGGGUAGCACUAUUUGUGCAGUUUGUUUGCAAUGUACAUCAAGAUAUCAUCAAAUGGUUUGUUGGCAAGGUCCUAGUUUCAA